AUACGUGGCCCGGAUGGGAAGGUUUCUCAAGCGAAACUUGAUGAAGUCUGGCCUCGCCUUCGUGUAUUGGCUCGAGCUCAACCGGCUGACAAGUACACCUUGGUGAAAGGUAUCAUCGACAGCAAAGCCACUCCUCAAAGAGAAAUUGUCGCUGUGACCGGAGACGGUACUAAUGACGGUCCAGCUCUGAAGAAAGCCGACGUCGGAUUCGCUAUGGGUAUCGCUGGAACCGAUGUUGCUAAAGAAGCUUCGGACAUCAUUCUUACCGAUGACAAUUUUACCUCAAUCGUAAAGGCUGUUAUGUGGGGUCGUAACGUCUACGAUUCAAUUUCGAAAUUCCUACAAUUCCAACUCACGGUCAACGUCGUUGCUGUGCUCACCGCAUUUGUCGGUGCUGUGACGGUGUCUGAUUCUCCACUGAAGGCUGUUCAUAUGCUUUGGAUAAACUUGAUCAUGGACACCUUAGCAUCGUUAGCGCUGGCCACGGAAGUCCCUACCGAUGACCUUGUUGAAUCGAAAGCCAUAUGGAAGGAAAAAAUCUCUCAUCUCCCGGACAAUGGUGAAGAACAUUCUCUGCCAUGCUCUCUAUCAACUGUUGAUUCUGUUCACAAUUACGGAGAUCGCAUCUUCGGCAUCAAAUCCGGUCUGUAUGCUCCGCUUUUCGCUCCUCCUUCUCAACAUUUCACCCUUGUUUUCAACGCAUUCGUCAUGAUGACAAUUUUCAACGAGAUUAAUGCAAGAAAAGUGCACGGCGAGCGCAACGUCUUCAAG